AUGGAAGUUCCGCUCCAAAUUUGUCGAAAAAACAAGACAGCUAUAGAUACCACUGAUGUUUUCACAACUUCACAGAGAUUUGUCACACGGGAAGAAGUUAUCCGCUGGGUUAAAGAGACCGGAAUCAACAAUAAAGUGACUGUUAUCAUAGCGCGUUCAGACACUGAAACAGGCAAAAGAGGAAGAAGUAACAAAGUUAUAUUUGCGUGCGAUAAAGGUGGAAAAUAUAAGGAUAAAAGUGAGACUCAAAGUGCUACUAAGAGAUGUGGAUGUCCAUUCAAAAUCAGAUCGACUCCGGCAAAAGAUGGGUCUGGAUGGAAGGUUGAUGUAAAAUGUGGAGUUCAUAAUCAUGGUUUACCAGAUAGAUUAGAAGGUCAUUCAUUUGUUGGUAGGUUGACAACAGAUGAGAAGCAGCAUGUUGCUGAUUUGACAAAGAGACAUGUUCCGCCUAGACACAUAUUGAUUUCCUUGCAAGAGCGAGAUUCUGAGAACGUCACUCGGAUCACGCAAAUAUACAAGCAUAAAAGUGUGAUUGAAGCGGAGAUAAGAGGUCCAAGAAGUGAGAUACAACAUUUGCUUAAGGUUAUAGAGGAGGCGAACUAUGUUUAUUGGAGUAGGAAACAGGAUGAUUGUGACGUUGUGAGAGAUAUUUUAUGGGCUCAUCCAGAUUCGGUAAAGUUGCUGAAUCUUUUUCCUACUGUCUUGAUUAUGGACGCCACUUAUAAGACCAACAAAUAUAGACAACCUCUGUUUGAAAUAGUUGACAGAGAGUUAUAUUUGGGUCUUGGAUAA